AAUAUUAUGUUUUCGAGGUUAUAAAAAUCUAGGUUGAAACUAUAGGUAAUAUAUUUACCUUACCUACUAUUUUGAUGCGCGCGCCGUCUGUGACGACUCGAUGCUUAAUACGCAAGUCCGUUUUUCGUUGCUGCCGAGAGAAGUUUCCUACUUCAAAGGGCAGUUCAAGAUCAUAUUUAACUCGGUUUUCACGAAUAAGUUUUCAGAGAGCUGGUAUUGCUUCUCAGAGUAUAAAAAUGGUUUGGUGUACAGUCUACGAUGGAAAAACUGAGAUGGGCUCGAGCGAAAAGCCCAGCAUGCAGCUGGGAGCGGCUGAUGCUGUUACUCAACUUGAGCAUAUGUGCAGCCUUGACAUUGACUCGAAGGCUUCAUACGUGCGUCUCUCAGGAAUUAUUUGCACUAUUGGCCCUGCCUCUCGCAGCGUCGAAAUGCUAGAGAAGAUGAUGGAGACAGGAAUGAACAUUGCACGCAUGAACUUCUCUCAUGGCUCACACGAGUAUCAUGCUGAGACGAUCAAAAACUGCCGGGAAGCUGAGAAGAACUACAGCGCGAAACUGGGCAUGCCCUUCUCUUUGGCUAUUGCGUUAGACACUAAGGGACCAGAAAUCAGAACAGGCCUCCUGGAAGGCGGUGGUUCAGCUGAAGUUGAGCUGAAGAAGGGCGAAACCAUCAAGCUGACGACGGACCCCGCGUACCAGGAACGUGGUACAUCCACAGUUGUGUUUGUAGACUACAAGAACAUCACCAAUGUGGUCAAGCCCGGCAACAGGAUCUUCAUAGACGACGGGCUGAUCUCUGUCAUCUGUCAGUCUUCCACCACAGACACAUUGGUGUGCACAAUUGAGAAUGGAGGUAUGCUCGGGUCAAGGAAGGGAGUGAAUCUUCCUGGAUUGCCAGUAGACUUGCCCGCGGUCUCAGAAAAAGACAAGUCUGACCUGCUGUUCGGUGUUGAACAAGAGGUGGACAUGAUAUUCGCGUCUUUCAUCAGGAACGGUGAAGCGCUGCACGAGAUCCGCGGCAUCCUGGGCGAGAAGGGGAAGAACAUUAAGAUCAUCUCCAAGAUUGAAAACCACCAGGGAAUGAUCAACCUGGACGAGAUCAUUGCUGAAUCUGAUGGAAUUAUGGUGGCGCGUGGUGAUCUGGGUAUCGAGAUCCCCCCGGAAAAGGUGUUCCUUGCACAGAAGACGAUGAUCACAAGAUGCAACAAGGUUGGUAAGCCAGUAAUCUGUGCGACUCAAAUGCUGGAGUCGAUGGUGAAGAAGCCCCGGCCCACGCGCGCUGAAACAUCAGAUGUGGCCAACGCUAUCCUGGACGGUGCGGACUGCGUGAUGCUGUCUGGAGAGACCGCCAAGGGAGACUACCCUCUGGAGUGCGUGCUCACCAUGGCGAACAUCUGCAAGGAAGCCGAGGCUGCUAUCUGGCACAAGCAGCUCUUCAACGACUUGGAAUCUCAGGUGUCGGAACCAAUCGACCCAACCCACGCCGUCGCGAUCGGGGCGGUGAAGUCUGCCACCAAGUGCAUGGCGUCUGCGAUCAUCGUGAUCACGACCAGCGGCCGCUCGGCGCACCUGUUCAGCAAGUACCGGCCGCGGUGCCCCAUCAUUGCGGUCACCAGGAACGCGCAGACGGCCAGGCAAGCGCAUCUCUACCGCGGCGUGCUGCCCAUCCUCUACCAGGAGGCCAUUGCCAGUGACUGGAUGAAGGAUGUGGACAACCGUGUGCAGUACGGGCUGAAGUUUGGUCGCGCUCGCGGCUUCCUGCGUACCGGAGACAACGUGGUCAUCGUCACGGGAUGGAGGAAGGGCUCCGGCCAUACCAACACCAUGGCCAUCAUUCAAAUUGAAUAAAUCCGGCAAAGACGAAGAAUAUAUAUAUACGAGGAGUGUAAGAAUGGCGCUGAUGAUGAUGAAGUAUUAGAACAACCGAGUGUGAUAAAAGAUCUAGGUCACGUUACGUGAUAUUAAAAUAAAUUAAGCUGUGUUUUAUUGUAAAUUGGAUUUCAUCUAGUGUAGGAUAUGUUCUAUUUAUUUAUCUAAUCGUAGAAAAACGUGCGUGCAUUGUAAUGCUGUAAUAAAUGUUUGAAAAUGU